ACAACCAAAAAUCAAAUUUCGAUCGAACAAUCUGUUUCAUCCUCGUUCGAUUUCGUCGUCAUCCUCUCGACUGCAAGUCCUGGAAAACGUAAGAACCCUAAUCUUCUCAGAAGUUUCUUGUAAAAAUCGAAGACGAUGUCAGGGAGGGAAGUGAAAGAAUACACAAAUCUCUCCGAUCCCAAAGGUGCGUGCGACAUAUCUCAAUUGAAUAUGGUUUAUCAUUGUAAGGCUUUCUCUCGAUUGAGCUGCAGAUAAGAAAUCAGGGAAAGGGGGUAAGGUAGAUGAUGAAGACGUCACCUUUCAACGUAUGGUUGCAAAGAUGCAAGAGGUUGCUGGUGAGCGUGGAGGCUAUCUUCAUGGACGUGGCGGUACCAUUUUCCUUUUUUUAUUCCUCAUCUCUUUUAAAUGGUUUCAUUACCAUAAAUGUUGAAGGUUUAUAUCUUUAUGCAGCUUUGGACAGCGACGACUUACUAUAUCUUAAAGAGCAGAUGGAAGCAGAGGAUGAUGCAGAACGCCUUCUGAGACGAACUGAGAAACGUGCUUUUGCUGCCUUUAAAAAAGCUGCAACCCAAGCAGAUUCAUCUCCAGCAGCCAUUCCCUUGCCACUUCGUGUUGAGCCUAAACCAAAGAGUCGUAUCAGGCAGCAAGAUUUACUGAAAAAGGUCGUAGAGGUUAAACCAAAACGGUCCAAAAUCUCAACACCGUCAACUCCCAGCUUAUCACCUCCCAUUAGAAGCGACAGAGGCUCAACAGAUGCUAAGGUUAACACAGUGUUGAAGAAACAGGACAGACCGAAGGAGCAACCUGGAGCUGACCCAAAUGACGGCAAAGGAACUGAAAGCAAGGGGCAAGGUUAUGCUUCUUCGAAAGGCUUGUUGGGUUUAGCGUAUGAUAGUUCAGAUGAAGAAGACUGAGAGGAGUUAUGAAGGUUCUAUCUCCCUUUUAGUCUUCUAGCCUUUUGUUUUGUUGUUAUGUCGAGAACUCGCUAGGUUUUGUAGCUUUAGGAUUCAAAACAGCUUGCACCUGUUGUAAUUGUUGAAACCAAACUGGUUUGUUGGAGUUUGAAACAGAGAAUAGAAUGAAGAAAUAUGGGAAGAGAAAGUCCAUUGUUCUGUGUGUUUA